UCCAACCAACCCCUUGAUCUUCCUCCAUUAAAGGACUGUUCUCAAGCUUCCAUUUCCCCACCACAUUACAGAGAACCAUCUAAGAGUAAACUCUCUCUCAGUUUCACCUCUUAUUAACUUCUUCCAAGGGCUCAGAAUAURAACAACUCCGGCGACGCAACCGUCAUCGACAUGCCGAAAACCGGUGGCAGCAGCAAGAAGAAAGCGCUUGCUUCCGCCGCUCCCCGCCAAGAGAACGGCGGGUGGAAGCGGGGGCUCGCCGUGUUUGACUUUGUUCUGAGGCUUGGCGCCUUGGGCGCCGCCUUGGGUGCCGCCGCCGCCAUGGGAACUAGCGACGAAACUCUUCCUUUCUUCACUCAGUUCUUUCAGUUUGAAGCUAGUUACGACGAUCUACCCACUUUUCAAUUCUUCCUUGUGGCCAUGGGAAUUGUCGGCGGUUACCUGGUUCUCUCCCUUCCGUUCUCUAUCGUCUGCAUCGUUCGCUCGACUGCAGUCGGAAUCCGAUUGCUCCUCAUCAUUCUCGAYACUGUGGCUCUCACAUUGGCCACGUCAGCAGCCGGCGCCGCCGCCGCUAUAGUGUACCUGGCCCACAGCGGCAACUCCGGCACCAACUGGCUGGCGAUCUGCGACCAGUUCGGCGAUUUCUGCCAGAAAGUGAGCGGCGCGGUGGUCGGAUCCUUCAUCGCGGUUUUUCUGAUGAUGUUCCUCAUCUUGUUAUCUGCUUUCGCCAUCAGAAAGUCUCACUAAUCGCCGCCGCUGCCGGCCGGACGGUGACCGCUCCGGUGUCUAUGUGCUUUUGUUUAAAUAUUUUCCUUUCAAAGAUCAUUGGGUUGUAAUUUUCUUUCUUGAUCUCUUUUGCUUUGUAAUUGGUUUUCUUUGGCUACGUAUUACACUCUAAUUUUUGUGAUAAAUCCAUUUACUAUUGUGGUU